AUGGUGUCCCGGUCGAGUUCCUCCCAGCUCAUCGCCGAUCUAUACCAGGACAGGAGUCAUGCUGUCCGCAUAGUGACUCGGCGCAGUGGUCGCGUGGGCCAGCGCGGGCACAAAAUAGUCAACCAUGCCAGUGGCUGCAUGGGCUUCCUCGCCAGCGGCGCACAUCUGACGGCCGGCGGCACUGCCGCCGUGUGGGACGUCCAUCCCGAGCUGGACUGGUCGCACUACGCGGCCGGCGGGUUGCGCAGAAGCGGCAACCGCAGCGACGGCGGUGGAGCAUGCCGUGAUCUCUUUGCAGGAAGCAGGGAAGUCGAUGCUCGCGAGGCACUGGCGCUGGCGAGGAUCCGACGCCACGUCUCUGAUGGACAGCCCGCCCCCGGGAGCGUCUUCAAACACGGCCCGUCCUGCGCUUGUUAUUGCGUCUAUGGGAAUGGCGAGCUCAACGGGUCGUUGCCGACAGAGCUGGUCGAGCACGCAGAGAGGUACGAAUCCUGGUCGAGAGUGUCGCCUACCUUGCUGGCUGCAAAGCUUUUCCUCGGCAUCGAGGUCCCACAGGACUUCCGAUUUGUGGAUUGGGUGGUUCAAGUUUUGCAGGAUACUGACGACGCGCUUGAAGGCAUAGAAGGCUACGGCCCGGAGACCGAUGGCUAA